AUUUUAUGUUUAUUUUUAGCUCCUUAUAGCAGUUGGUCCAUUCGUUAGGGAAUGACUUUGAUUGUCCGAUCGCCUUUAACAAAAUAGGCGGGCUAUCAUUUUGAAUUAGUUAUCAAUCCAAUAGAUGAGCUCAAUUAAAGAAAUCGUUUUUAUCCUAAGUCUCUUGAGUGAAAAACCUAAAAAACAUCUUAAAAAUAUAAAAUGCAAGGCAGUAAAUUGCUAAGUACACUUUUCUAUGAGUUUCCUCCCUGCCAAAAGCUUUAUGUAUUUAAGGCACCAGAAUUUUACAUAGUAUUUGGGGUGGUUAGUAAAAGUAUUUAUGUGGCCAAGUUAUCUCAUGAUGAAGUGACUAAAACAGAUAUUUCCAGAAAAAAGUAUGAAGGGGAGGCAAUCGAGCAUGACAGAAUUAUUAUGGGAAUUUUGGAAUUCGGAAUGAAAUAUUAUAUGAUUGAUCAGUUAGGCUCUUUAUUCACUAUUUCUGAGGAUGUUGGCAAUGAAUCAGGUGUGGACUACGAUAUUUUUGAAGAUUCGCCAGAAAAACAAGAUAAGUGGGCAUUGAAAGAUAGAAAGGAUAUUUUAAAUGGCCAAGAAGUUAAAAGUUUCUGUUUCACAGAUACGCAGCUUGGACUGUUAGUAAAUUCAUUAGAGAAGUUAAGUUUAGAAAUUAUCGAUUUCCAUGAAGAUUUCCAAAUUGUAAAAUCAAUUACUAUUCGAAGCCCAGGUAUAACUGCUGAAAAAAAGCAUUAUAAUUUACUAUGGAUGCCUGCUGGAGAGAGUAUUAAGGAAUUUGUGAAAAAUUGGUUUUUAAGUUUUAAAGGGAAUGACGGUUUAUUUGUUGUAUCAAUGCCUGAAGGAAAUAUUCUAGCUAUUGAUCCAAAUGCAACAUCUUCCGAAUUUCUGUACACAUGGCCAUUUCCUGCUCUUAUCUCUCAUUGGACACCUUUUGAAGAAGGUUCGUCAGAUGGGACUCUGGUGUUUGUCACCGAAGGAAACUGUGUUGUGAAGCUGUCCCAGUUUGGCGAAGUCACUAAUGAAUUUCUACCUAUUGAUGACAAUGCAAAAGCUGCUUUAAUCAAGAAGGAUCUUUUGUAUGUUUCUGAUUGGUCUCAUACUGUCAAAUUUUACACUAAUGAUUCAGGACCAAAAUCUGUUGCAUUAAGUGUAAAAGGUGUAUUAUGCUUUGGAAGCUGUGGAAAAGAUACUACUUUAGCUUUGUCUAAGAAUGGAGAAUUAUAUAUUGUUUAUGAUACUUACUUGCCACCUGAAAAUGAGGUAAUUUUGCCAGAGUCUUCAUUGACAGCUCUGUUGAUGGAAGAAACUGUUAAACUCGAAAAAGUGAAUAAAGAUCUUCUUGAGUGUGAUUCAUAUAUUGCUGCUAUCAACUUGGCUAUUAAAAAGAUUCCAUUUUCUAUUACUGCUCAAGUUAUAUACGCUAGAAAACUGAAUUAUACUAUAUGCGUAAGCCUUAGAUGUUUACAAGAUGGAAUAACCAUUCAGAAAAAAGAUGGGUGGAACUUGUUUCUUUCAUUGACAGCAGGACCGGAUGUCAUUACGCUCUCGCAUAAAAUGCGAACUGAUCUUACCGGUGGAAAUGUGUUGACUGAUGUGUUUUCUUUUUCUGCUCAGCAACCUAUUGCCGAUCUCUAUGUUAGGGCUAAGCUUAUUUAUAACAGUAUCCCUAAAUUUGCUAAAUUUAUACCUGCUAUCAAUAUUGGAGAGGUCUUUUUGGAUCCAAGUUACUUUCUCCAACCUGCUAUAGAAGUAGAGUUAUCUGAAGUGGAGUCUCAUCCUAGCUUGGAGAAAAUUCUCGAAAAAGGUUCAGAUUCCGAAAUGGAAAAACAAGAUAUUGCUGAGAGUGAAAUAGGAAAAAAAAAGGAAAUUAAAAUCAUUGUUGAAUAUCGUGAUACACUUGUGGGUGGUACAAUUUUUAAAUGGCUUCUUGAUCAUAGCAAACCUCUUUGGAGGUCAUCAUUAUGGAGCAGUUGCAGUGAAACAAAAAAACUGGAAGUUGCCAUACUUGGGCAUGUAGUAGCUUUAGAGGAUUGCGGCAGCCAUAUGGUAAUAAGUGGAAAAGAUAUUCAUUCCUGCUAUGCAUUGAAAAGAGCGUUACUUUCCUCUCUGCCUGGAGCCAAGGAGCUAUCCCUUCCUGUAGAAUCAAUGAAGCAGCUUGAGAUUUUUGAAAGAACAGCUGAUCUAUAUCUACAUGAAAGUCCCUCUAUCGAAGAACUUGAGAAGUUGAGAGAAAAUUUUAGGAAAAGUAUUUCGUCACACUUGAAGGCUUAAUUCCCUCUCUUUCUUUUUUAAUGAUCAUACUGAGUAUUGGUGCUGCCAUCAUUAUGGGAUGAUGUAUGGAUCCUCUGUGGAGAAAAAUAUAUUUUUUUAUAUUUAUAUCAAAAACUAUUCCAUUGUUCAAAAAAAUAGAUAUCUUAAUUUAAUAUAAUUUUCUAUUUCAUUAUAUGUAUUACUGUACAACAUUGUAA